CCGGCCUGUCAAGAUCAGGUGGCUGUUGUCCAGCCGCGAAGCAACAACAAGUCCCAAGGAAACGGGUAGGCGAAAACCGCAUCGCCAGUCGGAAACGGACAGCCAGCACCAUGGGUCAAGUUUCACUUGACCGAGGCCAAGUACAAGUACCGCGGUCGCUACGGCUGCUGCUAUUGGUGCAACAGCACCAAGCACAAGACCUCCCUGUGCCAGUAUCAGACCAAGGAGUAUGUUCGGCCUCGUAUCAACUCGGGAAACUGAGUUGCGCGGGAGGUGAGACGACUCCACCUCUCACUCCGCCAGAUUCGACCGCCUUGCUAGCGACCUCCUACACAUCUGGGGAGGAUGCGAAUGUCGUGAGUUCUCGGUACACUUACGAGGACUAUGCUGUCCACUUGGUCCUACCGUUGGACCAACCGCUCCACAUGCAACAAUCUACCGCAUGCACGGUUUCAUCACCAUCGACAACCGAUUUGGAAGCUUCGCCGUCAUCUAUCGCCGAGGAUUCGACGUCAUGGUCAAGACUUGAAGAGCUCGACCUGUUGACGUUCACGGACUUCCAGUGGAUGCCCGUUCCCCCGACCGGUGGAUUAACGAAACCACAUUGCAACGUGCUCAUGGCACCAUUGCGGGAUAACUUGCACACUGCAGUACCAACUCCGUUGAUGGACACCAGAGUAGAGGUUAUCGACCUUCACGCCUACAUUGUGAAGAUCGACCGCGAGUUCAAGACACAACGGUACGAGGACAUCGACGCACCAUUGUUGUAUGUACGCAUUCAGAUCCGAGAGGCGACCUGCACCGCUUUGAUCGAUUGCGGAGCAUCUCGCAACUACAUGAGUCAGGACUUCAUGGUACGCGCCGGCCUUGGCCCACGCGUCCGGAGGAAUUCCCUGCCUAUUCAAGUCACGUUGGCAUACGGUCACACGCACAAGUCAAUCGACCGGUGCAUUGAUGCUGUCCCCGUGUACUUUGCCCCGCCUGCGAGCGAGGCGGUGUCCUUUGAUAUAUUAGACACCAAAUUCGACAUGAUCUUGGGCAUGUCAUGGCUGCGAAGCGAGGAUUACCCGGUGAACUUCUACCACCGCACCAUUCAUAUUCGUGAUCCGUACGGAGUACUAGUCCCAUGCACGGUGCCUCUUCCUCAUCCUUCGAUCUGCUGCCACGUGGUGUCUGCAGCAAGCAUGCGAACUUCCAUUAUCAGAGACGACAUCGAGGAGAUGAGUGUGUCUUUUCUCCACGCCCUCCCGCCCCAUAACGCUUCAUCGACGGACUCAUCUUCGGACCCACGCAUCACCGAGUUUCUCGACACCUACGGCAACAUGUUCGAAGACCCGCACAGAGUAGCACCGGAUGGGCCCAUCCACCACGAGAUCAUCCUCGAGGACGGAGCCGUACCUCCGCGCAGUUGCAUCUUCCGAAUGAGCGAGGAAGAGUUAAGUGUACUUUGGGCACAACUCGACGACCUUUUGGAGGAAGGCUGGAUUUGGUCAAGCUCAUCGCCAUACGGCCAACUGGCCAAGGAGUCUCUUGCUGACUACAAACAGCAGUUCCAGACUCAGCUCGCAUUAAUCGAGGCUGAGGAACGAUGCCAACUGGCAGCCGAGGCUGCCCGCCUACAGGCUGAAGCAGCGGCAACAGCUGAGAAGCAACGGCUAAUGGCCGAAGCAGACGCAGUUACCCAGAGCUACGAGGAUGCUACACGGGCACUCAAUUCUCGUGUACUGGACUUGGAGCAAGCUGCACCAGGACCAGAUGCUGGUGUGUCCAGCAAUGCACCCUCUAACCGCCAACUGGAGGAACGCGUCGACCACGUAGUCGCAAUGCUCGGCGACAUCAGCACCUUCGCUGCGCCGACCACCAUCAGCAAUCAGCUGGAUACCUUGAAGACCAAGGUCCAGCAACUGCAGUUGACUAACACCGAUGGCAACAGCACAAAUCAUUACAAGAUGCCAACUUUCCAAAUUGAGAAGUUCGAUGAUUACACGCAUUAGGACCUGGUCCUCUGUUGAGAAGGUUUCACGACGCAACUUCGGAUUCUGUUAGUCGCCAAGCACGCGUACA